AUGCUGCAGGGCGCCUCCGGGCCCUACCGCUCCGACAUGGCCGGAGCGCUGCGAGGCAGGCUGAGGGCCCUGCAGGCCGACCUGCGCUGCGCCGCCCUGCAUUUCGUGGGCGACUCCUGCGAGGGCGGCCCGCAGCUGAAGGAGCUGGACCUUGACAGCGGGCCGUUGCACUUCGUGUGUUCUCGCAACCAUCGCCUGGGUACUCCGGAAGCUCUGCAGGAAUAUCUGACUCAGGUGCUUUCGGAGGAGCUUGCCAAGCCGAAGCCUGCCGCCCCGCAGCCUACAAGAGAGGCUCGGGCGUCCAAGGAAGUGGAAGACUCUCCACACAUAUUAGUUGAAGGAAUUCCAGACAGUUGGCAGGAGACUCAAGUCAAAAUGGCUUUCGUUUUGUACGGUGGUGUUGCCGCAGUUCGUUUUGCCAAUCAGGCGCGCGGUGGAAGAGCCGCGAAAGUGUGGCUGAAGAGUCCGGAGAAUAUGGCCAAGGCUGUCAAGCAGCUGCACGGCAGUAAGGUUGGCGACGGGGAGCUCAUCCAGGAGUGCAAAAUAUCUUGUCGAGUUGUUGGUCAAGAUUUGGCCAAUCAGAGAAGCUCCAGGACACUGUACAUUGAUGAGCUGGACAUGUCCUCACGGCCCGCCGACCUGCAGCCGGGCAAGAAUGACCGCGAGGUAUUCUUGCAGAGCCUGCCAGUGAAGGAUUGCACAGAGGAGCAGAUUCACGAUUGGCUGCAGGGGUUCGGCGAAAUCGAGGAGAUGAACCUGCUGCGCCAGGGGGAGGCCAGCGCCCCCAGCGGCAAGGGCUACGUCCGCUUCUGCAGGCACGACGGCGCCGCCGCCUGCGUCGAGGCGCAGGCGUCGGUCGCGGACGCCGAGCAGCCCGACGGGGGCGAGCCGAACGGCACGGGCAGCUCCGCCGCGCGCCCGGGCCCUGGGGCCGCGGCGCUCCCCGCGGGCCGCCGCACCCCGGGGCUCGGGCUCGACAGCACUGGCGCCACCUUGGAGCUGGGCAGCUCCAUGGCCGCAGAGCGUGGGUUCCCGCGUGUCGUUCUCCCGCGCCUCGCCUGCCUCUUUCUGCAUGGGAGGGACCACCGCCGACUCCUUCUGCAGCUGCGGUUUCUCCGACUCCAGCUCCUCGAGGUGCGGGAACGGCGGCAGCACCCCCAGGAACGCUACCGGCGCCACCUCCGACUGGUCGUCGCACGUCAGCCCGUGCCUUUCGUCGAUGUAGCACGACUCGGCUCCUUGCGCCACGGGGACCCCGCCAAGUCCGCCGCAGCCUUCACGGAGGCGGAGCCGAGGGCUGCAGGGUCAGGGGUUCUGGUGGCGCCUUCUUCACAGCAGCUUUCGGCGCGCUUUCCUUGGCCGCGCCUCAAGCCUGCUGCUUCGAGGCAGACCUCUUUCCCAGCAGCUUUGGCCUUCUUCUCCGCCACCCAGGCCCGCUUCUCCGCCUUCUUGGUCAGCGGCUUGACCUUCGGCUUCACGCGCUGCUUGCACCGCAGCACGGCGCACUACCUUGGCCUGAGCCCGAGGCAGGCCCCCCCCGGCAGCUUCUACGCCCACCCCUGCGGGCGCGCGCUGGGCCCGCCGCCGGGCCUGGCCGCGCCCUGCUGCCGCACGGCCGAAGGGCCGUGGGCGCCCGGCGCCUGGGAGGGCGCGCCCUCGACGAGGGCGCCGUGCGCUUUCGCCGCCAUCGCCGACAGCGGCUCCGACUCCGACGUCUAUCCUGGCGGGCGUGUGCUGGGCCCGCCGCCGGGCCUCGUCACGCCCUGCUGCCGCGCGGCCGACGGGCCGUGGGCGGCCGGCGCCUGGGAGGGCGCGCCGGUGCCAUCGACGAGGAGCCCGUCGCCGGAGUCUGCCAGGGCGCCGUGCGCCAGCGCCGCGAUCGCCGACAGCGGCUCCGACUCCGACGGCCCGGGAGCGCGGCUGCCACCGGGGGCGUGGAGCUCCCAGGGCGAAGGGGGCGCCCCGAGGCCGCCAGGCUGCUUCGGCGGGGCCGGCUGCGGCCACGAGUUGGGCAAGCCUGGCGUCCCGUCGGCCGGCUCCGCCCAGCACCACCUCGGGCUCUGCAGGCCGUGCGACUUCGUCUACCGCGGCGCCUGCCGCGAGGGCACCUCUUGCAGGUUCUGCCACCUGUGUGGCCCGGACGAGGUCCAGCGGAGGAAGAAGGAGCAGAGGCGUCAGCACAGGGCACAGCAGCGCGCAGUGGCGCGGGCAUGAGUGGCGCUCGCUCCCGUCGGCGGCCUGCCGACUCGGCGAGCCCCUGCCGUGGGGUCGGCAGCGCGGUGAAUUCGGCCACGCCGCCAGAGACGGGGAUUUUUGAGGCGGCCGAGCCCAGACGAAAUCGGCGCGCUCCGUCGCACAACUCAGGCGUCACUGGCGCCAUGUUUGGGCGCAAGGGGCCUCGUGGCCGAGCGGGCACCCCUUGCCCAGAAGCGACGGACGCGGAGCCGUCGGGCGUUGCGUGAGGGGUGCGCGGUAAAUCGCGGCAUGCGUAUCAACUUUUUGGAGCUCCGCGCGGAUCUCUUGGAUCGGCGCUGGGCCCCCUGCUGCCCCGGAGACGGAGCGGCGCGCCUGGGGCGGGCGCGGGAGGCGCCGCGCCGCCCGUGCCCACGGAGCCCCUCGGACGUCCCCGCGGGCGCCCGCCCACCAGAGGCGGGCGCCUCGGAUGGGGCUCGAGGCUCGAGGCUCGCUUCUCGGAGGCGACGGUUUUUUAGCUUCGGGCAAGGUCGGGGACUUCGGGCCGGCCGACGCCCGCUUCCACCUCGCCUCCAACCACCCCCCGCCCGCCCGCGCCCUGCGGCCCCGCGCCGCCCCUGCCUGCGGAGCCCCCGGACUCCCCCGCGGGCGCCCGCCCACCAGAGGCGGGUUCGGGUCUCGUUUUGGGCUCGAGGCUCGAGGUUCG